AAAACGAACGGAGCAUUUUGCAUUUGUCACUUGAAAUGAACAACUUCCAAAAGAAAGUGAGCACCGUUUGUGAACCAUAUUUUUACCUGAUCCGAUUUCCGGAACCGUCCCGUUUUGUCAGAUCCCGAUCUAGCAGCAGUGUUUCUCCGACGCGAACGUGGUGAAAAAAGAUGUAAGCGGAAUGCCUUCCUCAUCAAGACCUCGCGGAAUGUCUGGCCCUGGAUCAGGUGGAUCUGGACGACCAGCUGUUACGGCACCAAUGUCCGAGCGGCAGCAGAUGGCACUGCUUAUGCAAAUGACUUCGUCUGGAAGCAAUGAAGGAGAAAUGAGUCCGGGAUCCGCUAGUUCUGCGUCGGGAGUAGGUGCAGCUGCCCAUUCUCGCCGAGACAGGAUUAAUGAGCGAGGGGAAACGGCUCUCCAUUUGUCAGCAAAAAAGGGUGACGGAGAAACGGUAAAAAAACUCCUCGAGCAGGGAUCCAAUCCGAAUGUGACGGACUUUGCAGGUUGGACUCCACUUCACGAGGCAUGCAACCACGGUCACUAUAACGUGGCUCUGGCACUUGUCAAAGCGGGUGCCAAUAUCAAUGCUACCGGGCUGGAAAACGAUACUCCCUUGCAUGAUGCUGCAAUUGUCGGACAACUGAAACUAUGCAAAAUGCUCAUUGAACGGGGAGCAGAUCCUGCGUUUAAAAAUCAAAAGGGCAAAGCACCUUGCGAUGUGGCGGCACCUGCAGUGUACAACUAUCUAUUACAAGCCAGGGACAAUGCGGCGAAUCGAAUCCAGCAGCAGCUGAAAAAGCCUUCCGAAGGUGGAAGCACCAAGAAGGGCUCUAACCAGGAUAGUGAUGCCGAUGACACUGCCAGCAACAGUAACAUAGGUGGCUCCAAUACACCUUCGACAGUGAACAACAAGGACGAGGACGACAUCUAUGAGUUCAAGUCGACACCGAAAGAUUCCGGUUCCAGUUCUAGCGAUGAGAAGGAGAGCAACAGCGAUAAGAACGAAAAAUCAUCUUCUGAGAAAAACAGUGCAGGAGGGGGCGGCGACGGUGAGUCCAGUCAGAACGCUGGCACAUCUGGAUCAACGGGAACAGGAACGGGUAGUUCGAACAUAUCGAAGCGACCAUUUUCGGAAGUAAGUGACCCACUGGAGGACAGUACCGGUGCUUCGAAUGAUGAUGAUAAUAAGAGAAAGAAACGAAAGGAUUCAGAUACCACUAAUAAGGAAACCACGAAAGGAAUUCCAGGAAGUAACCGUGGCUCGACGCCCAGACAGGAUAAGAGCACUAAAUCUUCUGGGCCGCCAUCGAAAAAUCUCAGUUUAACGGGAAAAAGUGCUCUGGAGCGAAAAAGUCCCUGCGCGAGUCCUAAACCUGCUUCCGCCGGUCCUUCCGGUUCGUCCAACAAGGGAUCGAGUAGUAACACUAAUGACAGUGAAGGAGAAACCGACGAUAGUGGUAUUAAAAAUACUGACACUAGUUUCCCGAGCGGUGGGGGACCAAAGGUACCACCGCUGAAAAUUGUCAUACCGCAGCAAAAUUCCAGUGGAGAUGCUGAUGCUGGCGGAAGUUCACGGAACGGCAAAAAUGCCUCAGCUAGAAAUCACGCAGCCCUACCCUACGUGGUGGCAUCUUCCAACAGCAAUGAUUCCAGCGCCGACAAGGAAAGUACCUCGUCCCGUUCGGCAAGCCCAUCUGAUUCAAAGAGUUCCGACGAAAAAAACACAUCGAAAUCAAGUGAAGAUCGGGCCCAGGCACGUGUUCUUCGGAGUCACCGUGGUGGUGGGGGAGGCGGAUCUUCCGAAGGUGACAGAGGUCGCAGCAAAGACAAUCAGAGCGAUCGUUCGGUAGACCGAUCCAACAACUCAUCCCCUCAGUUGCAGCAGAGUAGUGCCGCACCUUCUCCCGCCUCCAACAGUGGUGACGGUGGUGGGGGUAACAGUAGUACUGGUGGCGGUGGCGGGAAUUCCGGCAAGGAUGGUAACAAUUCGAGCCCUGCUGCCGGAAAUCAAAAAGAUGGAGACUCAGAAACCGGUGGAAACGGAAGCAGCAAUCCCAAAAGUCCACCCGCGUCAACGACAUCGACAACUUCGACUACCACUACCAGCAGUAGUAGUAGCAGUAUGGGAACUAACUCAAACCAGAACAAUCCACCAAACAACACAAGCUCGACUACUACAUCGGAAACUGCAGUACAUCCACGCAAGAGGAAAAUUAAAACCAGCAAAGAUACCUCGUCAGCAACAGCUUCGAGUUCAUCAACACCGUCGACGUCGGCUGCUUCGGCGUCCAUCUCGAACGAAGAGAAAAAAGAAAUCAAAGACGAGACACCAGAUGUUCACCCUCACGAUCAACCGAUUACCAACUGCUAUCAAAUGUUUCUGAACAUCCGCAGACAGAUCGAACGACGGCAACGAUGCCUGUUCCCAGUACAACCGAAGCCCCCACAGGGCUUCAAAGACUACUUACUAAACCGCUGUGCGUAUGCCCUGGCAGGAAAGUCGCCAUCCGAGCCGAACACUCAACCACCAGCCACGCUGCAACCACAGAUGAAAGAUAUUUUCUGCAUACAGGAGAAGGAACGCCAUAAAUUGAAGAUGCAACAUAUCGUUGAAAAAGAGAAACUGGUUCUCGCUGUCGAGCAGGAAAUUCUACGAGUUCAUGGUCGUGCAGCACGAGCUCUCGCAAAUCAAUCUCUGCCGUUUUCCGUGUGUACAAUCCUGAAGGAUGAAGAGGUGUACAACAUAAUUACUCCGGAACAGGAAGAGAAAGAUCGCAACGCUCGAUCGCGAUACAACGGACGAUUAUUCCUUAGCUGGUUGCAAGACGUCGACGAUAAGUGGGAGAAAAUCAAGGAAGCAAUGCUCUUGCGACAUCACAACGAAGCAGAAAGUCUGCACGCUGUUCAGAAGAUGGACUGGGAGUGGAAGAUGAAGGAGAAUCUAUUGUGUGAGUUCAAGGCCAAGCCAGUCAUUGACGAUAUCCAAGUACCUAUGGUUAACGUGAGUGAUGAUUUUGAUUUGUUGCCUGCCUAGGUAUAAUAGUCUAGUGUAACAUUGUGGAGAUUGGAAACGGUCAUCGAAAUGUAGAUGACAUAAUAAUAGUUUUAGGAACAGUACAGAAUACUGUGUUUUGUAUAAGACAAACUUAUGAUAGAAAUUACAUGAAAUACUUUCAAUAA